GGGAGCGCUCGACGCGAAUCGCAGAGAGAGAUCGAGAGUGACAGGGAGAUAGCGAGAGAGAGACAGGGAGAUAGCGAGAGUGAAAGGGAAGAGCGAGACGGGGAGACUUCUGGAUAAAUCGAGAAAGAGAGCUGACAUCGGUCACUGAGGACGCGAAGACUCAGAGAUGGACGCGGGCACGAAGACCCACAACGGCGCGGGUUCCAAGCAUUCGGAGUCGGAGUCCAUGUACCUGGCUGAGAGCAGCGACGAUGGGGGGCCCAUCGAGAUCCUCUUCGCCGUGAGGGAGGAAGUGGGGGCCCUGGCCAGGGCCUUGCGCGUGUUCGAGGAGAAGGGAUUGAACCUGCGCCACAUCGAGUCUCGCCCGUGCCGCCACGCGCCCGACCAGUGGGAGUUCUACGCGAGCGUGAGCGGCGAGCGGCCCGGGGCCCUGGACGCGCUGCUGCUCGAGCUUCGCUCUCAGUCCGCGGGCUCCGUGCUGCAGCUGUCGCGCAACAAGCGCAAGGACGCGGUUCCAUGGUUCCCGCGAACCAUUAGGGACCUGGAUCGAUUCGCGAACCAGAUCUUGAGCUACGGGGCCGAGCUGGAUUCAGACCACCCCGGGUUCACGGACCCCGUUUACCGCGCGCGCCGCAAGGAGUUCGCCGACAUCGCCUUCAACUACCGGCAUGGGCAGGAAAUUCCACGUGUGACCUACACGAAGACCGAGGUGGCCACGUGGGGCAAGGUGUUCCGCGAGCUCAAGAAGCUCUACCCGACCCACGCGUGCCGCGAGCACAACCACGUGUUCCCCCUGCUGGAGCAGCACUGCGGGUACAGCGAGGGCAACAUCCCGCAGCUCGAGGAGGUGUCCCGAUUCCUGCUGGGCUGCACGGGGUUCCGUCUGCGGCCCGUGGCAGGGCUGCUGUCGUCUCGAGAUUUCCUCGCUGGACUCGGAUUCCGCGUGUUCCACUCCACGCAGUACAUCCGCCACGCGAGCCGGCCCAUGUACACACCCGAGCCAGACAUAUGCCACGAGCUGUUGGGUCACGUGCCUCUGUUCGCGGACCCCAGCUUCGCCCAGUUCUCCCAGGAGAUCGGUCUGGCGUCACUGGGCGCUCCGGACGAGUUCAUAGAGAAGCUGGCAACACUCUACUGGUUCACGGUGGAGUUCGGGCUCUGCAAGCAGGAGGGGCACGUGAAGGCGUACGGGGCGGGGCUUCUCUCCUCCUUCGGGGAGCUCGAGCACUGCGUGUCGGGCAAGCCGGAGUUGCGGCCCUUCGAGCCCACCAAGGCUGCCUGCCAGGAGUACCCCAUCACCGAGUUCCAGCCCGUUUAUUUCGUGGCCGAGAGCUUCGAGGACGCCAAGGACAAGAUGCGGAAGUUCGCUGCCACCAUCCCACGCCCGUUCUCCGUGAACUACAACCCCUACACGCAGGGCAUGGAGGUGCUAGACUCCCUGGAAAAGCUGCGCCAACUCGCCAGCCACGUGCGCGGGGGGCUGGACGUGAUCUGUGACGCUCUUCAGAAGCUGCACACCUAGUGGAGAGUCGGGCAGCCCCCCACCUCCAUCCCCCGGGCACCUCGCCGCGCUUCUCUACUCCUAUCAACCCGUGGAUGCCCUCUCUACCCCUCUCUGCCCUUCUUUCCUUAUCAAUCCCUGCCUACCACUCUGCUGCCCUCUAUGCUCCGUUCUACUUCCCCACUGCCCCCCUCUGCCCCUCGCUAUCCUACGUCACGACCUCUCCUCCGUCGUCACGCCGAGCUCCGCUGUCUCCACAAAUGAGAUGCGCCGUGCUUUGAUCUGAGCGCGAGCUCGGGACCCACUACCCCCCACCUCUCCCUCCCAUUCCCCUCCCCCUGGGCCAAUUGUCAUGCAAAGAGGGGCGGGGGCGGCACCGGGGCCCUUCACCACCUGGGGCCCAGGGAGGGGAGGGGCAGCUUUGGAGGAGACGGCGUGGUGAACGAAGGGGCGGGGCCGGGGGAUGACUCGCACAUUCACCUGCGCCAAGGAGGCUCAGUCGCAUUCGAGAGGUGUCAGGAGACGGGGGCAUGAAAGUGGAUUUCCGAUUUUUAAAUAUGGGCGGGGGGUGGAGGAUUGCAGGUUUGGGUCAUUGGGGUCGGGGGUCCCAAUGACCCCAACCUCCCCGAACCCACACCGCGAGAUGAUUCUGCGCGACUCGUGCAGCCUCGAUUAACUCAGCAAUUAAGUUAUUAAUAUUUAAUUAAUUGAUGAAUUACUCAAUAAUUGAUUAAUUACAGGCGCGUGAUGGCCCAUAUGUCGGGGCCAGAGCACCGCAAGUGGAUGAGUUGGGAUCCGGCGCGCGUGCGUGCGGAUCGGCGCGACGCGAUGAUGAUGACGACUAAAAUGUGAAUGGUGCUGUUAAUGAUUGUGGUGAUCUAGAGCAUGAUUGUAGAUUGUAUUUGUUCGCGCAAUAAGUAAAUAAACAGUCUUCUUCCUCUUGA